AUGUUUACCCAAAGUGAAGAGCAAUGGAAGGAAACGGAUGAUUUGCGUAGUAACGAAUAUCGGCGACGUAUCACCCAUGAAGACAUCUGCAAUUGCUAUCGUUCACAACGAUUUCGGUCGCGAUCAUCGUCGGAAAACUGGCGAAGAUCAACUGAUUAUUGCGGUGGCUUUAACGAUUAUGUGACAUUAUAUCCUUCACAUCUUUGGUUUCGAAAUGACCUGAGGGGACGCAAUAGACAACGAUGUCGUCAUAGUUUGAACGGAUUUUGCAAUUGUCGCUGUUGCUGUGCACGUAAUGAGCAACGCCAUCGUGAAAGUCACAGUGAAACAGUGCAUAAUUGUCGUAAACAUUGGGCUGCUUGGAAUUCAACAAAUCAUACUGAUCAAUUUAUGGAAAAUCCGAGGACAAUUCGUAUCAUACCAAUGACAUUCGUUUCCACAUCAACUACAAAAGAUCCGCCUAAUUUUCAAACAAGUAUCGUUACUGAUGCCAAAAAUGCUGCAACCGAUACCGAUGAUUCAUUAAAAGCAACAAAUGCUCCUUAUUAUGGACCAUUUCUGGCUCGUAAAUUAAAAAUUACUCCGGCAACAAUAUCUAUUCCGUCUAAAAGAUGCCGAUCGGUUCAUGAAUGCUACUUAUCGGAACGAAAAUGCAUGCGCGAAAUUCAAAACGAUAAACCUAAAAUUGUCAAACAUUUAACAUUCGUAAAUGAAACGAUGCAUGAAAAAUCAAACGAUUCAAAGAUCACAACUGAUGCUUACAGUGAUACCAUCCCGAAACAUACAUGUAGUGAAUUUGACGAAAAAAUUUACAAUCAACUGAAUCUUUCCAAUUUAUCAUCCUCAACGAUGAUUGAUAAAUUUGAGAAAAUAUUGCAAAGAAAUUCGAUCUCAGAGGAGAAUCAUGAAACUCAUCAUGAAACUGGACGUGAUACAUUAAUGGAAGGAUUAGCAUUGCUAAAACAUCGAAAGAAAGAGCAAGAUGAAAAAACAAUACCGCGUGAGAAUAAUCAAAUGGACAAAUAUUCAGUUAUUACAAAAAAGAAUCCAAUUAAGAAAAUUACAACUUAUUGGCAUAAAAAAACACUCAAAAAAUAUGAUCAAACCGAAAAAUACUCACAAAAAUUAGAUCAAUCACAGAUUGAUCAUAAAUUAUACAAUCAAUAUAUGCAACGAAAUGAUUUGAUAAAAUCCGAAAUAACACCAACAAAUAUUGAAAGUAUUUCAUUCAGUGAUAUUGAUGAUGGUGUUGAUAGUGAUAGUGAAUCGAAAUUUAUUACGAAAAUACGUCAAGUACGAGAAAAUUUACGCAAAAUAUCCAAAGAUUCAGAAUUGAUUAUUAGCAACCGAAAUGCAACAAAGAGUGAAAUAACUUUAACUGAUACAGAGCAUAAAAUUGAUUCAAAGUCAUCGCCAUCAUAUUCCCAAGAAAUUUUAACUACUCAUUCAACAGAACCGCCCACUGACAGUUAUAAUCGAAUGGAUACAAAAUUUGAAACCUUUCCAAAACUUUCACGAACUUUUCAUAUUACUGGAAAAACAGAAAGCAAACCACAAAAUAUGAUUUUAUCAACGGCUUCAACCACCGCAUUAAUUGCACCUAUCCAUGAAGAAUCUCCAAAACAGCAAUCACCAAUCUAUAACGGACGCAAACAUGAAGCUAUUACUGCCGAAGUAUUCAUUCGAAGUCCAAGGAAUGUGAAACCAACAAUAAUCAACAUUUCCGCUAGUGAUAAGGAAGCAAAGAAGCCAUGUUGGAUGAUACUAAAAGCUUAUGAAUCACCUCCCAGUACAAUCGAUAAAGAAAUUUCAAGGGAAAAAUUUGAUGAAACAAUGAUGAGAAUCGAAUCCGCUGUUCCCAUUUGUAAAAAAAUCAAGAAAAGCGAAAAAAUGAAAGCCACAGAUUUUUAUGAAACACCAUCAACUGUCACUAUUCCGCAAGUAAGACAGGAAGCAUCUGAACGAAAUCAAACAAACAUGUCAGUUUCUUCAGAUUCUGAAUUACAAUCGAAAAUGAAUCAUGCAGUUGAAGCUCAAACAGAUACUUCAACUAAGUCAAAAAUUAUCACUAAAAAAAAAAUCUCAAGUAUCGAUGAUGCCUUACGGAAUGAUUUUCAAACUUUAGUAACAAUGAAAACGGAUGAAAUUUGUGAAAUUCAUCAUACUAUUGCUUUUGAACGUUUGUUAACAAUUGAUGGUGAAUCAGUGAAAAUCUGCCGACGUGAAUUAGCAAAUCACGAAACUGCAAUUUUGGCAGUAAGGCAUAACUGUUCGCCUGGGAUACCAAAGACGAAUUGGCAUGCAACAUAUAAGAUUUUAACGACAGAUACGGCAUUAUUUGAAAUUGUAACACCAUCUGAUAUUCCAAUCGGUCUUUGGCAAAUGAUUAUGCAACAUGGUGAAACAUCAAAUUUAUGCACCAUGUAUUUAUGCAUCCUGUUCAAUCCAUGGCAUAAAAAUGAUGAAACUUAUUAUCCAAAUGAGAUAGAACUUGAUGAAUAUGUGCUGAAUGAGUUAGCUAUGAUGCGGAAAUGGCAUCAAAAGGAUGCUUGGCUUCUCGGGCAAUUUAGCGCUGUUUGCAUUAAUACGGUGUUGGAUCUACUGAAAUUGUGUCUGGAAAAUAAUUUAUUAAAAAUGAAUGAACUUGGAUCAGCUUUUGCAAUUGUUAAAGCAAUUGCUACAGCUAUUAGUAAAUUUAUACUGGAGGUUAAAUGGAAUGAUUUUCAAAAAAGCAAUAAUGAGAAUGAAAUCUUACCAAGUGCUUGGACAGGUAGUAAAGAAAUUAUAGCAACAUAUCAAAGAAUGGGUGUCCGAAUUGGUUAUGGACAGUCGUGGUGUUAUGCCGGUCUUCUUAUGUCAAUCUGUCGAUGUAUUGGAAUUCCAUGCCGCCUAGUAACUAUCUAUAAUUUUGCUCCACGAGUUGAUAAUGAUGCACUGAUAAAAUUAGAUAUUAUUGAUGGUAUGCUUGCAGAAAAAAGUAAAGAUACUAUAUGGCAUUAUCACAUUUGGAAUGAAUUAUGGCUUCAAUCAAAGAUGCUAAGAAAUGGUAGUGAAUGGCACAUUUGUGACGCUACUCCAACAGUAAACGGACAAGAGGAAUUAUUAGGUCAAGGAAAAACAUUAUUUCCGGUACGACGAAUUAAAAACUAUGAUGAUGAGAAGGUAAUACGACAAAAUGAGAACGAAUAUUUUGGAAAGCAGCUUUACGGAAUGUUGAAUGCUACCAUUAUUUGCAAUUAUUAUUAUCGUGAUCCGGUAACACAUAAAC